GGUUGAGGUGGACGGGGCUGUGUUUGAGCAGGGGGUCGCGCGCAGAAUGGCGGCGGUGGCAGCAGCAGCUGUGCGGGGCGCCCAAGGAGGCCACAUGCAUCGCCGCCUCUGGCUCGGGAUCUCUAAGAAAGUCACUCCCAACUGGCAUUCUUCAUCAUUCUUUUCAUCCUCCUCAGUGCCAACAACCAAGCUGUUCAUCGAUGGCAAGUUUGUUGAGUCCAAAACCAAUGAUUGGCUUGAUAUCCACAACCCAGCCACUAAUGAGGUGGUUGGCCGUGUCCCAAAAGCCACACAGAGCGAGAUGGAAGCAGCAGUGGCUUCCUGCAAAAAGUCAUUCCAGAAUUGGUCUGAGACAUCAAUUCUGAGCCGACAGCAAGUGUUUCUACGAUAUCAACAGCUCAUCAAAGAUAAUCUGAAAGAAAUUUCAAAACUUAUAACCUUGGAGCAAGGGAAGACCUUAGCCGAUGCAGAAGGAGACGUGUUCCGAGGCCUCCAGGUUGUUGAACAUGCCUGCAGCGUGACAUCCCUUAUGUUGGGCGAGACCCUUCCCUCCAUCACUAAAGACAUGGACACCUACACAUAUCGCUUACCCUUGGGAGUAUGUGCAGGCAUUGCGCCCUUCAAUUUCCCAGCCAUGAUUCCUCUUUGGAUGUUUCCCAUGGCCAUGGUGUGUGGAAACACUUUCUUGAUGAAGCCUUCAGAACGCGUCCCUGGAGCUCUCAUGUUUCUUGCCAAAUUGCUGCAGGAUGCGGGUGCCCCUGAUGGAACACUGAACAUCAUUCAUGGGCAACAUGAAGCUGUGAAUUUUAUUUGUGAGCAUCCCGAUAUUAAAGCUAUCAGUUUUGUGGGAUCUAAUCAGGCUGGAGAAUAUAUCUAUGAAAGAGGCUCUAAGCAUGGGAAGAGAGUCCAAGCCAAUAUGGGAGCUAAGAACCAUGGAGUAGUGAUGCCAGAUGCCAACAAGGAGAAUACUCUAAAUCAGCUGGUUGGAGCAGCUUUUGGAGCAGCCGGGCAACGAUGCAUGGCUUUAUCUACAGCAAUCCUAGUAGGAGAGGCUAAGCAAUGGCUGCCAGAGCUGGUGGAGAGAGCUAAAAAGCUUCGAGUCAAUGCAGGAGACCAACCUGGGGCAGAUCUGGGCCCCCUGAUCAGCCCACAGGCCAAGGAACGUGUCUGUCAGCUGAUAGACACUGGAGCAAAGGAAGGCGCUAGUGUUCUCCUUGAUGGACGAAAUAUCAGAGUGAAAGGUUUUGAAAAUGGCAAUUUUGUUGGACCGACUGUCCUUGCUAAAGUCAAGCCUAAUAUGACCUGCUAUAAGGAGGAAAUCUUUGGACCAGUUCUAGUGGUUCUGGAAGCCGACACUUUGGAUGAUGCAAUAGAAAUAAUAAAUGAGAAUCCCUAUGGGAAUGGAACAGCAAUCUUCACCACAAAUGGUGCCACUGCUCGGAAAUACUCACAUUUAGUGGAUGUUGGACAGAUUGGUGUGAAUGUUCCAAUUCCAGUGCCUUUGCCAAUGUUUUCCUUUACUGGCUCUCGUGGUUCCUUUAGGGGAGACACCAAUUUCUAUGGCAAGCAGGGCGUGCAGUUCUAUACACAGUUGAAGACAAUCACUUCUCAGUGGAAAGAAGAAGAUGCCACUGUUGCCAAACCUGCUGUAGUAAUGCCAACCAUGGGAAACUAAAGCAGCUUGUUGUACUUGUUAAGAGUUGCUGUUGAAAGUAUUGCUGGUCUAUUAUUCUUGGACGUUCCAUGUUGCCCUUGGCAGUACGAAGGCCCUACAUGAUGGGCCCUUUAUCUAAAAUCAGACUGGCCAACAUCCUUUAACACAUUUUUUUUUCUUUUAUCAGCUAAUCAAUUUCAUUUUUCUUGUAGAGGAAAUACUCAGUUGUGAGUCAUCAGGUAAAGGAAAAUCAGAUAUAUUUUUUUGCCCCAUUCAUGCUGUUGAGAAUCCACAAUCUGUAUUCCAUGGAAUGUGUGUUUUUGAGCACCAGAUCCUGCAGUUGCUAAUGUCAUUGGUUUUAUAACUUAAAUAUCUGGUUUUAAUUGACUUUCUCAAUUCUUCCCCAAGGAACUCUAGGGAAUUAAAGAAUCUGAGUUUCUUAUAACAGGACUGAAAAGCAAAUUCAACUAAAUGAGUGUUUUAAAGAUUUUCACAUGCAACAAAAAGCUGUUCCAAGUUCUAGGUCUUGAAGAGUUAGCAAAACUGCACCUUCGUUAGAAUAUUACUUUCCAACAAACAUGGAAGUGGUACAAUAACUUCAGUUCCAAAUGAAGAGAUGUGCCUACAUACUAUUUUUGCACUGAAUAUUUUUUUACAAGAAGAAUGAGUGUGAAUAGUUUCUUGGAUGCUAGGCAGCAUUUUUUAAAGCAGUUUCUUUUCUCAACACCCCUUUAACUGGGAUAUUGCUUCCCAGUGCAAAAAUGUAAGUGGGAAAAUAAAAAUUCUAGUACUACGCACAGGCAAGUUUGUCAUCCUAUAUACAGCAAUUACAUAUAUGGUUUAAGAUAGAAGUGCUGGACUGAACAACAAAGGGUGGUAUGUAUUGAAUUAGCUAGAUGUGAUGGACAAAGUCAUGCGUCAGCAGAAUGAAGGAUACAGCGGUGCAACUUUACAGUCCACAAAGGUUUUAACAGUUUUGAAAGACUCAAAAGUAUUUCCUUCACCAUAUAAUCAAGAAGAUUGGUUUCCUUUAACAGUCUCUGUUUUGUAAGCAGCAAGUACUUAAAUGAAAUAUGAACCUUUGCUGAAAUGGUUAUUCAUCCAUAUACUAGAUAAUUUCACACUGCUGUUAAUCAUGAAUAAAAUCGCUGUUAAAUGAA